AUGGAAACGACGCAGUGUUCAUGUGUUUGUCCACUGGUAGAUAUUGAUGAUGAUUUACAACAGGUCAAGAGCAGAAGAAAGCAGGCGAAUGACUUUGUGGUGAACCGUUGCUCAUCAGAUCCAACUUUAGAUUACUUUGAUCCCCUGAAGAAAGCCAAGCUGAAGUCUUUUAAGGACCUGAAGGCUGUGCACAAAGUUCACAACAAGAAUCUAGUACUUCCUCUUUGAAUGGUUCGAGAUGUAUUUGCUCGGAUGGCACUUCCCGAACAGUUUCGACAGAUUGACGUGAAAGUUCUUUUUACCUAUCCUCUUGGUCCUCUUCGUUGGUUCCUUGCUGAUCCUUAUGGACGAAAAUCAAACAAGGUCAAACUUUCCCAACAGCUAGAACGAGGUAUCACAGCCACAGAAAAAAACCCGGAGAAUGCAACCAGCAUUUUUGAUCGGAUGGCUGUCUUGCAAAUGCGAAAGAUCCCCUGUGGACCAACGUUUUAUAUGGUCGCUGAGAGAGUAUUUGAGACGGUAACGAGCACCUGUAGCAUGCGCAUAGACGUCUUGUUUGACAUGUACCACAAGAAUGUAGAAAAAAUAAAAAGUGUCUACCAGUGACGGUGUACAAUAUAAGAACAUACUCCCUGCACAUACUGUGAAGUCAUGCAACAAGCUGCUCAGUGUCACCACAAACAAGCCUGAGAUCGCGAAAUUCUUUGUGUCACAGUGGAAGACAGACACAUUCAGAAGCAGGCUUGGCAACCGCAUCAUGUUUAUAACCAUCGAAGAACAGUGUUGGCAACUGGACGUGAGAACGUGCGAACCAGUUCCUGAACUACACUGCAAUCACGAAGAAGCUGAUACCCGCAUGGUUCUCCAUGCUCGGCACACGGCAGGCCCUUGCGUCAUCCACUCUGAUGAUACUGAUGUGUUUAUCCUGCUGCUUUGUCAUAGCUCGGACCUUGGAGCGUGCUACAUAAAGAAGGGAAGGGGCGCAAAGACCAGAUUAAUAAAACUUUCUAAGGUUGUUAGCACUUUGCAGAAGCAACUUGACAGAGGCAUUGAGAAGCAGUCGUUCAUGAAAACCCUCACCGGCAUACACGCGAUUACAGGUUGUGAUACCAUCUCCGCCUUCUCUGGUAAAGGAAGGUGGAAAGGAGUACAGCUUCUUCAACAUAAUGAAAGAUAUGUCCAAGCCAUGGCAAGUAUCGGGGACGAGUGGGUAGUAUCCGAGGAAGCAUUUAAAGCUAUGGAGGCACUCGUGUCAGUUGUAUGGAAAGAAGUGCGACAGUGUGGGUGCCCUUCGCUAUCAGAUUCACUGCACCAGAGGCGAAAAAGUAGAGCCAGAAGCUUUGCUACCAUGUGA